AUGGGGGACCGGUACGAACUCUUUCCCGUGUGGCAGGUGACUGUUCCGGCUCUUGCCUUGGACCAGCCCUUCUUGAAGCACGGCUUGCUGGCGUUGGCGGCGAUGCACAUUCGCUUCACGUCUCCACUUCCUCUGCAGUCCAAGUACCUCGACCUCGCAAGUCAACACCAGGAUAGAGCGCUGGAGGGGUAUAUUCCACUGCUUGAGCAUAUCUCGGCGGAGAAUUGUCACGCCCUGUUUGCCUUUUCGGCUCUGCUUCUGGCCAUACAGUACUCGUUUAUCUCCGGGAUGGACAGCGACAUCGACGGCCACCAAUACAUUGGCGAGGUCAUGUCUGUCUUCGAAUAUGUCAUUGGCGCCACUGUGAUUGCCUCUGAAGGCGAAGUAUGGCUGCGACAAGGUGGCAUGCAGCCUUUGAUGGCGAGGACGACCGAGCCUCAAAGCAUCCUCCCAGAACUGGUCGAAGGUCCGCGAAAUGCCCUCGGCAGCCUGUUGUCUUACGUGCAGCGCUGGGGCGACAAUCAUAGGUUUAGUGUCGCCAGUGAACCAACGGCCAACAUCCCCAUCUAUGUGCGUAGCAUCGAGAUGCUGACGAAUGCUUUUCCCACCGAAGACAGCGAGCGUCGCAUCUUUGACGACAUGAUCGGCUGGCCUCAUUUCGUCGGGGCGGACUUGGUUCGACUGCUCCGAGCUCAGGACCAUGUGGCACUCGUGAUCCUUGCCCAUUACGGCGUGGCUCUAGAGGCGUUCAGAAACGUUUGGUGGUUGGAGGGUGUCGGCGCUCGCCUGAUCCGUGCCAUCGCACAAGUGCUGCCCAUCGAAUUCACUCCACUGGUCCAAUGGCCGCUAGACCAGGUCUCAAUAGGGCCAGUAUUACAACAGAUGUACAUAAUGUGA